AUGAUUGCAAACUUGGAUAAGCGCGUCCCUUUCCUCUUGCAGAUCGAGCAACUCAAGCGAUGCGAGACCAUUAGUGAGGCAGAGGUCAAACAACUUUGCCUUCAGGCUCGCGAGAUUCUCGUUGAAGAAGGAAACGUCCAAUAUGUCGACAGUCCUGUCACUAUCUGCGGCGACAUCCACGGCCAGUUUUGGGAUCUAAUGGAACUCUUUUCGGUUGGAGGAAUGUGUCCAGAGACAAACUAUCUCUUUAUGGGAGACUUUGUAGACCGCGGGUUCUUUUCCGUGGAAACAUUCUUGCUUUUGCUCGCUUUCAAAGUACGCUACCCGGACAGAAUUACCCUUAUCAGGGGAAACCAUGAAAGUCGACAGAUCACCCAGGGUGCGCUUAUUGACUUACGUGCAGACGAAAACUCACUUACGCCUCGAGUCUACGGGUUUUACGACGAGUGUCAUCGCAAAUAUGGAUCUAGCACUGUUUGGCGUCACUGUUGUGAAGUUUUCGACUAUCUUGCCCUCGCUGCUGUAGUAGACGGUCGCGUCUUUUGUGUCCACGGCGGACUAAGUCCAAAUCUUCAAACUAUUGACCAAAUACGCGCAAUUGAUCGGAAACAAGAAGUACCUCAUGAUGGUGCUAUGUGUGAUCUUCUUUGGUCUGAUCCGGAUGAGAUACAAGGCUGGGGUCUAUCGCCACGAGGAGCGGGCUUCCUCUUUGGCGGGGACGCUGUCCGUUCGUUUGCACGGAUGAAUGACAUCGAACUGUUGGCAAGGGCACAUCAACUUGCCAUGGAGGGCUAUAAGCACAUGUUUGACAACUUGAUUGUGACUGUUUGGAGUGCACCGAACUAUUGUUACAGAUGCGGAAAUGUCGCCUCCAUCUUGGAGUUGGACGAGAAUCUUCGACAAGAGUAUAAAGUAUUCGUGCAUGCUCCAUCGGAUGCGAGGUCAAUCCCAGCUAAGAGAGCACCACCGGAAUACUUUCUGUGA